UUUCGCUUGGUUUAUAAAAAUCCAAUUCAGCACGUGUAUAAAAGUGCCAAACUUCAAUCGUGAAAACAUGGAUGAUAACCGCCAGGAGCAGCAAUCGCACGAUGGACCCGCCGGCAUGAAUCCAGAUGGCGUUAUCGAGUCUAACUGGAACGACUCGUAUGAUAACUUCGACCAGAUGGGUCUCCGUGAGGAACUCCUGCGUGGUAUCUACGCAUACGGUUUUGAGAAACCGUCUGCCAUCCAGCAGCGCGCAAUUGUGCCGUGUCUGAAAAUGCGCGAUGUCAUUGCCCAAGCUCAAUCCGGUACCGGAAAGACGGCUACAUUUUCGAUCGCGAUUUUGCAGCUGAUCCAAACUGAGCUGCAGCAAUGUCAGGCGCUAAUUCUGGCCCCGACUCGUGAGUUGGCGUCCCAGAUUCAGAAAGUGGUCAUCUCGCUGGGCGACUUCCUGAAGGCCCAGUGCCACGCAUGUAUCGGGGGCACCAACGUGCGCGACGAUAUGCGUCGCCUAGAGCAGGGAUGCCACAUCGUCGUCGGUACGCCCGGUCGUGUCCAUGACAUGAUCACUCGUAACGUACUGCAUACGAAUGAAAUCAAGCUGUUCGUCCUGGACGAGGCUGACGAGAUGCUGUCUCGUGGUUUCAAGGACCAGAUCCAGGACGUGUUCCGGAAGCUGCCCGAGGAUGUGCAGGUAAUUCUGCUCUCCGCAACGAUGCCCGCUGAUGUGCUCGAGGUGUCAGAGCAUUUCAUGCGCAACCCGGUAAAGAUUCUGGUGAAAAAGGAGGAACUGACACUGGAAGGUAUCAGACAAUUCUACGUGGAUGUGAAGUUCGAGGACUGGAAGAUAGGUACGCUGUGCGAUCUGUAUGAUACGCUCUCGAUCACGCAGGCAGUUAUAUUCUGCAACACCCGUCGCAAGGUUGACCAGCUGACGGAGCAGAUGACGGCGAAGACGUUCACCGUGUCCGCCAUGCAUGGCGACAUGGAACAACGCGACCGUGAUCUGAUCAUGAAGCAGUUCCGUACCGGUUCUUCGCGCGUGUUGAUCACCACGGAUCUGCUCGCUCGAGGUAUCGAUGUACAGCAGGUAUCCUUAGUUAUUAAUUACGAUCUCCCAACGCUGCGGGAGAAUUACAUCCACAGAAUUGGACGUGGUGGACGUUUCGGUCGUAAGGGAGUUGCUAUCAACUUCGUUACCGAGCAAGAUAAGCGGGUUCUCGCCGAUAUCGAGAAACAUUAUAACACUACUAUUGAGGAAAUGCCAGCCAAUCUGGCUGAUCUGAUUUAAUUGCGGACGAUAGUGUAUUUGUUUUCCCUCUGAAGAAAAACUAGCAGCAGGCCAGCGCCGCACCGCAAAACAAGUGUGUUGUCUCUUUCUUCCUUCUUCCGUGUACUGUGGGUUGUGUGUGGGUGGUGUGUGGUGGGAGGUGGUGUUGGUGGUAACAUUGUGUCCACGAGAGCGCGAACCAAACCAGGAUUCCAGAGACAUUACCGAAAGAGGGAAAGUAAUACGAUAGCGAAAGAGGAAGAGAGGGCGUAGGUGAUUACAGAGAGGAACGUAAGGAUUGUCCGUAGCGUGGAAAAGAAUCGUGCGAAGAGCAGUCAACACCAUUUUUUGCGAUACAACAUCAGCAGCAGGAGCAGCACCAUCAGCAGGAAGGUGGUAAGGAGGUGAGCAGAUAGAGGCAAAACCCGCGAUUUUGGUAGCCGAUGAUCGAAGCAAAAACCCGCCAGCAAAAGGAAAGAUACACAAGAAGAACAUACAUAACAGAGUCGCAGUAGCAGCGCCUACGGAACAUCAAGAAAAUCCACGUCCCCUCUAUAUAAACAAAAAUAAAAAAGAAACAAGGUGUAAAAGGAAUUAAUAACAGAAACCUUAAUCUACUACUUUUAUUGCUAAUAAAAUUAUUCAAACCAACAAACAGAACAACAACCAGAUAUCGUGGGUGUAAUAAAGCCGGAGACAGAAACUGGAACCAUAUUGCGGCUGAAUCGCACAAACAAACCGAAACCUCUGUGGGACUGAAUGAAAUAAAAGAAAAAGCAUUGUACGGGGCGAGCA